AUGGCAGAGAACGAGGUUAUGUAUGCUUCGGUGGUUGUCAAAAGCAGGAGACCCAAAAGAGCUAAAAAAGAGGAAGAAGUUGUGUAUGGUAACGUGAAGCUACCAAAUCAAACGGUUCAGCAAACACUUGACACAAACGCUAAAAAAGAGGAAGAAGUUGUGUAUGGUAACUUGAACCUACCAAAUCAACCGGUUCAGCAAACACUUGACACAAACGAGGAAGACGUUGUGUAUGGUGAAGUGAAGCUACCAAAUCAAACAGUUCAGCAAACACUUGACACAAAUGACUCUGCAGGACUUUUAUCAAACAAGGAAGCAGAAAGAAAACAUCGCUGGUAUCAGAAGUUGGCUUGUUGCCUUGGGAUCCUCUGUGUCAUUUUGGCGUUGGCCCUCAUUGGAGUCUGUGUUCUCUAUUUAUUUUCUUACAAAAGGGAUAAACAGGAGCUGAAACAGCUGAAAGCCAACCAAACGUUGCUGCUGGAGGAAAUUUACAACCUGACAGACCUGAACAAGAAAGUCAGCUCAGAUUUUAACAUACAGGUUCAAAACCUGACGCAAGAAAAAGAAAACCUGAGAUUACAAAAUCAAAACCUGAAGACAGAACUUGAUGAAGUGAAGAAUAAAACCCAGAAGCUGCAGAAAGAGAUUAAAAACCUCAAAGGACAAAUAGAAACUAUGGAUAUACAUAGGAAUGAACAGAACGCCAGUCAAGCUCAGUGGAGCAUUAAUGAAUAUUGUCCUAAAGAAAACAACAAGAGAAAUUGUAGUUCUUGUCAGAAAGGCUGGCUCCUAUCUCAGUCCAGCUGCUAUGCAGUUAAUAAUGCUGAACCUCCGAAUCAGAAAACCUGGGAAGAAGCACGAGAAGACUGCAGAGGAAAGAUUUCACAUCUGACUGUUGUUGGUGAUGAAGAAGAAAAGAAGUUUGUUAAAGACAAAAGUUGGGCUAAUAACAUUAAAGGAUACUGGAUUGGCCUCAGAGCUGAAGGAGGGAAAUGGAAAUGGAUCGAUGGAAGUGAUCUGACCAAUCAAGCCUGGAUACAGCAGCAGAAGCAGCCUGCAGUUGAUGGUCAGUGUGUAACUUCUCUCCAGGACAGAGAAUGGAGCUCAGUGAGCUGUGAUGAAAAGAACGCAUGGAUCUGUGAGAAGAAGGCUUUAUCUGUUUAAACAUGAGAUAUUAAAAUGUCUUGAGGAUAACUGACAAAUUGUAAAAUGAAAAAUAAUCUUUUUUUUUUUUUUUU